AUGGCGGAGACAAUUUUAUCCCUGGCGUUAAAUCAGCUCUCAACCACUCUCCUUGAAGAAGGAAAUCUAUUGGGAGGUCUUAAACAAGAAGUCGAGCAUAUCAUCGAUGAGUUGGAGCACAUGAGAGCUUUCCUAAAAGUUGCAGAAGCUAAAGAAGAUGAUGAUCAUGCGAUUCAAGCAUGGAUGAAACAAGUGAGGGAAGUUACUUAUGACAUUGAAGAUGUUCUAGACGAGUUUGCGGUUCUCACGGCUCACCAUCAUGCAAGUCGAUUCUCUCGCUGUUUCAACAGCAUAAAAAACUUGCAAGCUCGUCACAAGAUUGCCGGCGAAAUUCAGAGAAUAAAGUCCAGACUCGGAAAUAUUUCUGAACUGCGCCAGAGAUACCGACUUGACCAUGGUACCCACCAGCACUUUCUGGGAUCUGCCACUAUUGCCAACACCUGGUGGGAUGAUGCAAUUCUUGUGGGAAAGGAAAGGCUGGUAGGCAUCCAAAAGCCCAAACAGGAACUCAUUUCUCAGCUCCUUGAUGGUGAUUCCAAUCUCAAGGUUAUUUCAGUGCUUGGCAUGCAAGGGCUAGGGAAAACAACCCUAGUUAAAAAAGUCCAUGAAGAUGGCGAUGUACAAAAACAGUUCCAAAUCACUGCUUGGAUUACUGUCUCCCAAACACGUACACGUAGCAUUAAGGAGCUCCUUCAAGAUUUGAUUCGACAAAUUGUCGACCAAAUCAAGAGGCCAAUUAAUUAUGCAGUUGAAUCCAUAACCGAGCUGAAAUCUUCUGUCACAAAAUUGCUCCUGGGGAAAAGGUAUGGAAUUGUCUUUGAAGAUGUAUGUGACAUGGGUAUCUGGAAUUCAAUCAAAUCUGCACUUCCUGAUAGUGGUAACGGUAGUCGUGUAAUGAUCACGACACAACUACCUCAUGUAGCCCAAGCCUCUUCCCCAGAAUCUCAAGGAUAUGUCUACGAAAUGAAGCCUUUGUCUUUUGAAGACUCUUGGACUCUAUUCUGUGACAAGACAUUUCAACAAAGCUACUGCCCUAUGCAUCUGAAGGCUAUUGUACAUGACAUAUUGAGUAAAUGUCGGGGCUUGCCCCUUGCCAUUGCUGCAAUUGGUGGGGUAUUGGCUUCAAAAGACAAAGAUAAAGACAAAGCAGACCAAUGGGAGAUUGUUCGAGAUAGUCUGGCAGGUGAAGAAGAAAAGACAGGUGAGCAGGAUAUGGUUAAAAAGAUACUUCUUCUUAGCUACAAGGAUUUACCUUCCCAUCUUAAGACCUGUCUACUGUAUAUAAGUAUUUUCCCCGAGGAUUAUGAAAUACAAUGCCAUCGGCUCAUUCAAUUAUGGAUUGCUGAAAGAUUUGUACAAGACAGAGGAGGAAUGACAGCUGAGGAAGUAGCCUUUGAUUAUCUCAAAGAACUAAUAAGGAGGAGCUUAGUCCGAGUAACUGAGGUAUCCUGGGAUGGAUCACCCGACCAUUGUCGUAUCCAUGACCUAAUGCGAGAAUUCAUUCUUCGCAAGUCUCAGGAACAGAACAUGAUCACCCUAGCCAGUUUACAACACACAAGGGGCCCGAGUGAGAAGGUACAUCGUCUGGUAAUCAAUAAUUCCCUCACCCAAAGAAGCAAUUAUUUGAAGCAUCUCCGAUCCUUGAUUACACUAACAAACACAGAGCCAACCUUGUUAUCUGAGCUUUUAUUGAGUAAGCUACUAAAGCUACUUGAUCUCAGAGAUGUGCAAUUAGAGGAGAUCCCAAAUGAGGUUUUCAAGUUAUUUCAUCUCAGGUUUUUGUGCCUAAGAGGGACGAGAGUUAAAAAAGUCCCUAAAUCCAUCAAAAAGCUUAAAAAUCUAGAACAUUUGCAUUUGGGUCAGACUAAUGUGAGGGAAUUACCUAUACAAGUGCUGAAGCUAAAGAAACUUCGACAUCUCAGGGUAUUCCAAGUAGUUGAUUCUUCAGAUGCCAAUUACGAGUGUUAUGGUUUUAAAGCUCCGUCUAAAAUUGGAGAACUGCUUUCCUUGCACACAUUACUAUUCAUAGAUGCACAGAAUGAUGAAAAAACAGUAGUAGAAGAAAUAGGAAAGCUCAUCCAAUUAAGAGAGUUGGGGAUUACCAAGCUUAGGAGACAAGAUGGAGAAGAGCUCUGUUCCUCCCUUCAGAAGCUGAUCAAUCUUCGCGAAUUGAAUGUAACAGCAAUUACCAAAGAUGAAGUGAUUGACAUCGAUCACGCUCUACCUUCUUCUUCUCUUCAGUUCCUUCGUGGGCUAAUCUUGAGGGCCCGAUUAGAAAAGCUCCCACGUUGGAUAAAUAGUCUUCAAAGCUUGAUGAAGAUAGAUUUGAUUUGGAGUAGGUUAAGGGGAGACGAACCUUUGGAAUUCCUUCAACAUUUGCCCAGUUUGGUUGAAGUUCGUCUGAGUCAAGCUUAUGAAGGAGAAGAAUUGAAUUUCAGAGCUGGAGCGUUUCUGAAGCUGGAGACUUUAUACCUUGGGGACAUGCAGGGAUUGAAAUGGAUAAUAGUGGGAAAUGGUGCCAUGCCUCAUCUCCAGCGGUUGUAUAUGUCAGAGCUUCCACAAUUAGAGGAGUUGCCUUGGGGUAUUCAACACUUGAGAAAGCUUCAAUCUCUUCAUUUGGAUGAUGUGAGCUCUAAAUUGACAGAGAAGCUGAAGAAUCCAGAUGAUGAAACUGGAGUUCGCGGGAAUAUAGCACACAUACGGGAAGUUGUCAUUGGUUUCCGGGCAGAUGGGGAAUGGAAUGAGCUCCGCCUGUAG